CAGCGCUUGUCACCAGUUCAUGUUUUGUUUUAUUUAUUUCAGCAAAUAGUUUUGAUCUUUUUCUGUGAUUAAUGUUAUUACAUUUGUUUAUUCAAUUAAAACUCUACUUUAUUCCGAUUCCAUGAUUUUAUUCGUUUGUUCCGUGUGACAUUACGAAAAACCGUUGAUAAUGGACUAUGAGUUUAAGAUCAAACUGGCUCAAGAAAGAGCCAAGGUAGAAGAUUUGUUUGAAUAUGAAGGAUGCAAGGUUGGUAGAGGUACUUAUGGACAUGUAUACAAAGCUCGGAGGAAAGAUGGAUCUGAUAACAAAGAUUAUGCUCUCAAACAAAUUGAGGGAACUGGAAUAUCUAUGUCCGCAUGCAGGGAAAUAGCAUUAUUGAGAGAGCUGAAACAUGUAAAUGUUAUAAACCUUCAACGGGUAUUUCUGUCACACAAUGAAAGGAGGGUUUGGUUGCUGUUAGACUAUGCAGAACAUGAUCUCUGGCAUAUAAUAAAAUUUCACAGAGCAGCUAAAGCCAAUAAAAAACUAGUCAAUCAUCCAAAAGGUAUGGUAAAAUCGCUUUUGUAUCAAAUAUUAGAUGGAAUACACUAUUUACAUACUAAUUGGAUUCUUCAUAGAGAUCUGAAACCUGCAAAUAUUCUGGUAAUGGGAGAAGGACCGGAGCGUGGUAGAGUUAAAAUCGCAGAUAUGGGGUUUGCCCGAUUGUAUAAUGCUCCUUUAAAACCUCUAGCUGAUUUAGAUCCGGUAGUAGUAACUUUUUGGUAUCGAGCACCAGAACUUCUCCUCGGGGCUCGUCAUUACACUAAAGCUAUCGAUAUUUGGGCCAUCGGUUGUAUAUUCGCAGAACUUUUAACUUCAGAACCAAUUUUUCACUGCCGUCAAGAAGAUAUAAAGACUAGUAAUCCUUACCAUCAUGAUCAACUGGAUAGAAUAUUCAAUGUUAUGGGUUUUCCUUUGGAAAAAGAGUGGGAAGACAUCAGAAAGAUGCCCGAGUAUCAAACACUACAAAGAGAUUUCAAAAGAACGAAUUAUGCUAGUUGCUCAUUAAUUAAAUACAUGGAGAAACACAAAAUAAAACCUGAUAGUAAAGCUUUUCUCCUUCUUCAAAAACUGCUUCUUAUGGAUCCAACUAAAAGAAUCACUUCAGAUCAAGCAAUGCAAGAUCUUUACUUUUCUGAGGACCCUUUACCCACCGCUGACGUCUUCAAUGGUUACCCUAUUCCAUAUCCUAAGCGUGAAUUUUUUACUGACGAUGAUAAUGAAGAAAAACCUGACAAUAACAAAGUUAAUAACAAUAACCAAGCUGCAAAUCAUGGUGAUAAUAACAAUCACGGACCACAACCACCUAAACGUGUUCGUAUGGCCGGAAUGGGUGGACCUGGAGGCCCAGUUCAACAAUCUAAUAUGCCUGGACCUAAUCAAGGUCAUGGUUUACAAAAUCAGGCCAACUUACAAUAUGGAAGUAGUAAUGGUCAACCAAUGAAUACUAAUUUCCAACAGAGAUACUAAUGUAAAUUCUAGCUCCAAAUUGCACUGUAAUUCAUCGUCAUUUAAAAACUACAUCAUCUUAUUUUUAUUUUCAUUAUUAUUAUAUUAUAAUAUUAUUGCUAUUUAAAAUCUCAUUUUCAUUACAAAAUCAAAUAAAAGUCACAGACUUUGUACUGA